UUUUCAAAGCCGUGAACUUAAACGAAGUUUCAUUUAUUUAAAAACUUUGUUGCACACUUAAUGCCAACAAAUGGAGUCAAUCGAAACACUUCUAGCAAAACAAGCGGACGUAAUCAAUCGAAUAGAGACAUUCUUCGAUCUGCAGGCAAGCCGGUCCCAGGUUGUUAGGCAGCUAAACAAUCUGCACCACAAAGCGCGCGAAUGUUCCGACGCAGUCAACCAAGCCAAAAACUGCCUCAAGCGGUUCCGUACCGAUUUGGGCCCACGAUACGCGGAGGUCAUCAGGAAGAUGCGCCUGAACGAGCUGUUGAUUCUGCACCUCUUGGAACAACUCGAUCGGACCGAUGGCGGAGGCGGCGACGGCAGGAAGGUUCUGCAGGCGGUUCAGAACGGCAACGUUGGUGAACAGGCUGUGGAGCAAGAACCCGUGUCCUCGUUGAAACCGGCAGCCUCGCUGACAACGGAUAGGAAAAUGACCCUGCUGGAUUAUCAGAACUCGCCGUUUGUUUCGAAAAUGAAGCCGCGGUGUUUGUCGUUUUUGGACUUUAACGUUGUCAUCAGCCAGGAGGAUUUCGAGCAGAUUCCAAAGUACAUGCGAGGGCGCGAAAGUGUGGACGAGCUGGUGACUUUUCUGCAGACGGUGGUGGUGGCGUGUUUUGAGGAGAAAUAUACCCUGCUGUACAAGAACAAAAAGGCCAUCACGAAUCAGCAGGAUUUGGCGCUGUGGAAGGCGUUCAAUCUGCAGCAGGCCGCUUUUCCCAAUCACAAAUUUGUCACGCAAGGGGACAUCGCCCGGAAGAUGGGACGGCUGAUUGACAAAAAGGUCAACGGCAAAAUUCAGAUGCUGCGCCAUUUGCACAUUAUGCAGGAAACUCGGCACGAAGGAACCGUUUACUACUUCUGGAUUCGCGAAUGAAAGCCGGCAGGGAAGUCAUCGUUGACCCGCGAACCAACAAAACAGAUCUGAUUGUACUAAGAAGAAGCGAAACUUGUUCUUACCAGGAGAAGGGAGAAAAUAUACAGUUGAAGAUUGUCGCUAGUUGAA